UCGGGGGAGACGCCGACGCCCGGCGCCGACGUCGUUUUUAAAGCGUCGACGGUGUCAGUAGUAAUCUCGGCAAUCCUAGAGGUCAUAAGUAAAAAAGAUCGUUAGAAUAAUCAACCCUCUGCGCCUAUAGAUGUUGGAAUAAUCUUGGGGAGUAUAAAAGGAUGCUGCGCUGAGAAAUGAAGCGUGUGACAACAAUGAGAGAGAGAAAAAAAUUAAUUUUAACAAAAAAAAUCAUGGAAAUUAUUAUUUGAUCAUAAUGAUAAUAAUGAUGAUCACGAUGAUGACAAUGAUGACAAUGAUGACAAUGAUUUAAUAAAUAAUGAUAAAUGAUAUAAUAAUGAGGCAAUAAAAGGAGAAUAAUUUCAAUACGAAAAUUUGAUAGAAAAUAAAAAAAAAAAAUUUGUUUUUUUUUAUUUUGAAAUGGGCACGGCGGGACGUGAUUUCGAAGAAAGGGAUCGUCGUGAGGAUGAUGAACAGUGUAGAAUUUGUGCCAAUGAUGUGACAAGAAAAGACGGUGUUCAUAUAUUUGCCGAGGAGGGAAAACGACACUAUCUACAGACGAAUAUACGUAAAUAUUUGUACAUUUUGGUAUCAUCCGAAGAUAAAUUGCCUAAAAUGGUGUGUAUAACGUGCAUCAAAAGGUUAGAGGGUAUUCAACGUUUUGCAAUGAUGGCAUGUCGAACGCAAGAAAUGUUGAAAUUAAAAUUAUAUGGAGUUUUUGAUAAUGUCGAUUCAACACAAGACGUGGACAAUGCUGAGAUAAAAGAUAUUGAAAAUUCGGAAAAGAAAAUUGAAGAAAAAAGUUUAUUACAUUCAAUAUUAACAAAGGGUGCUCUUGAAAUUUUGGAAGAUAGCGAUUCUAGGGAACCACCAUCGGAAACAUUGUCACAAGAAGAACAUACUCCAAAUACCGAAGAAAUGGAAGUUAAAGUUGAUCCAAUGUUAUUUUUACAAUGCGGAUUGGAAGAGCAUUCAUCUGAGAUUUCUGAAAUUUCUGACAACGAAUACGACGAACAAGAUUUAAAAAUGUCGCCGACUGAACCAUUAUCAUUAGUUAACAAAUUAGACGAAACUAAAGACGACUUGAAAGACUUUGAUGAUAAGAAACCGUCCGAGGAAAGUGAUGAGGACAUUUCAAAUACAUCCAUUAAAUCUCAUAAAUGUACAAUAUGCUCUAGGUCUUUCAUGUCACAAAUUAGUUUGCAAGAUCAUCUCUGGUCACAUAUUCCAAAAGAAAGACGAAUAGAACGAAAGACAAUGUUAAAAUCACAUUAUUCAACAAAUGGUGUCCUUCAAGUGAACGCCGAUAGUAAUGCAAGUGGAAAUUUUAUUUGUCCCAUUUGCAGUAAAAGAAUUUCAACAAAAGGAAAUCUCAAAGUGCAUUUGGAAACUCACAGGCCUAAGGGAAAAUAUGGCUGUGAUAUUUGUGGAAGAAUUUUCAAAACACAAUCGAAUCUUUUUCGUCACAAAGAAUAUCACGGUGGUAUUCAAUUUCCAUGUAAUGUUUGCGGAAGAGUAUAUCCGACAAAUUCAACUUUACGUGCGCACAGUAUAACACAUUCCGAUUUAAGGCCUCAUGCGUGUCCACUUUGCGACAAGACAUUUAAACGAAAUCAGGAUUUGAAGUUUCACAUAAAUCAACACACAGGUGCCAGACCAUAUCAGUGUCCCUAUUGUCCCAAAGCCUUCGCAAGUUCAGGUAAUUGCUUUUCACAUAGAAAAAGAAUGCAUCCACGAGAAGUUCAUCGAGAUAGGCAGAGAGCUGCUGAUUUAAUGAGAUGAACCGAGGGUGGUCAUUUCGAAGAGUGGUUGUAGAUUUAGGAGGAAAAGAAAUUAUAUAUAUAUAUAUUUAAUAGAACUGGAACAAUUUAGAGAUGUAGGGGCUAUAUAAUAGUAUUAAUUAAUUUUUUAUUUUUCUAAUUUUUUUUUUCUAAAUUCUUAAGAUUGAGUUUUUUUUCUAUUUAGGGUCAAUUCAUUUUAUUUUGUCUUUCAAUCGGUUCUGCCAAUUGCAAUAUAAAAAAUAAUUCAAAGAGUUUUUUUUUUUUUUCUUUUAAUUGAAAUUUAUAUUGGAAAAAAAUUAUUCAAUCCAAAUAAUCGAUUACUUUAAAUAUUUAUUUGUAUCAAAAUAUUCUCAUUGAAUCAAUAGAAUUUGUUAACAAAAUAGUAUUUGUUUCAAAUAUAGAAAUUAAUGAUUCGAAUAUAAUAAUAAUUGAUAUUUGAUUCAAAUUAUUUGGUUCAAAUAAAUAUUUAUUAGUUUUAUAUGGAUUUUAUGUUUUUCAAUAUAUAUAUUUAAAAUUCAUUUUACCACUGUAAAAAGUCAAUGCAUGAAAAUAAUAAACUUAGAAAUAAAUAUUAACCAGUACACUUGUUUUUCAAAAUAUUUAUUUUCAAGAAAAAAAGAUAGACUUAUAUGGGACCAAUGUAUUGGACUUUGACAAAAAUUGUCAAAGGAAAUUGUUCAAGAAUUUAUAUUUAAAUUAAAUUCUUUUUUAAAGUUCCAUAUUUUAUCUUCUUUUUUCUCUCCUAAAGAGAUUUGAGACUAAAAAUGUGAAAGAUCUCCUGAGUGUUUUUUUUUCUCUUUAACUUAACUAAAGGUGAAAAGAAUAUAAAACUAUAUCAAAAACAUUUUAAAGUAAUUUUAAUUUUUGGCUAAAUUUUUCUAAUUUAAGAAAAAUUGAUUUAAUUUAAAAAGGUUUGAAAAUUCCAAUUUUCACAAUUUUUUUUUUUUAAAUUGCAAACGUUUUAGACGAAAUAAUGUAAAAUGAA